AUGGAGUAUCAGGCAUUCCCCUUUCAGCCCAAGGACGAAACUUGCCGUCAACUGAUGGCAACGUUCUUCCAGACUGUCUACCAAUAUAACAUGUGCGUCUACCGCGAAUACUUCCUCCGAGAUUAUCAUGCCGAAAGCGGGCCUUACUACUCCGAUACGCUCAUGUUCUCCAUCUGUGCCGUCGGCGCCUCAAUCUCCCAAGAGCCCACACUCAGGGCACUCUUGCCAGUCUUUCUCAAACGCGCCGGCGCCAUGGUCUUCGAAUCCCUCGAGCUGCCGGAUCUCACAACUCUCCAGUCACUUAUCAUCUUGGGUCAUCUGGAAAUUGGACAGGGAAGGAGCUCCAAAGGCUGGCUGUUCUGCGGCAUGGCGUUCCGCCUUACACAUGAAAUGGGCUUGCAUUUGGAUCCAGGAAACUGGACAAGCAGCAAGUCGGAAUCGUCUGUCGACAGGGAGAUCCUGCGGCGCGUCUACUGGGCGGUCUUCAUUGUCGACAAGCAAAUGAGCCUCUAUUUCGGACGGCCGCCGGCGCUGUAUCCUCACGAAGCCAACGUUCGAAACACGAUUCGUAUCCCGUAUCCCCCUGAGUGGGAGAGCCUCCUCGACUCUUACAUAGCCAAAAGCAUCUCAUCCACUGCCUUUGAAGACGGCCUCGCCACAACGUGUGCCACCAAGGCCGCUGCGACAGCACAACAAGUUCAUACUUCUUUGGUCAAAUGGCUGGCCACGCUGCCUCAGAAGCUACAUUGGAACCAGUGGACUGUCGGACAGGUCCCGCCCUAUGUCUUGCAUCUACACAUGGUCUUCCACACAGGCAUGAUCAUUCUUCAUCGGCCGCCUCGCCAGCAACUCGACGAUGCCGCCAUCGCUGCAGGCGAGGGUGUCGAAACUCUGCCGCUAGACUUUGUGCACACACUCUCCGCGGCAGCCGAAGUUGUCAUGAUGAAGAGGUUCUUAGAAAAGUCCACAUGGGACGACAAAGACAUCUCGAAGCCUCUGGCACAGAUCCUGGAUGUUAUGGAGGCCGUCCAGAACGUCUAUCCGUGCAUGCGCGGCAUACGCGACAGCAUAUCCGAGAAUAUCAGAUCAGAGGGCGUGAACGAGGAAGCUCAGCAACAUCAGUAUGGAGUUCGAACUUGA